AUCAGAGCACAUUUGUUUAGAAAUAACGUAUUCAGUUGGUUACCUUGUUAAAGGACAGUAACAAUGGAAAAUCUACCGCACCAUCCGUUGAUAGAAAUAUCAGCUGACGACGUUAGUAAAGCGAGAGAGUUUUAUGGAAUUAAUGACGUGAACAGAAUAAAGGAAAGUCUAGACGCUAUAGACGAAUGGUGCAAGAAACAAGACCAUUUAUCAGAGGCUUGCAAAGCAUUAAAUCGGAACAUUCUAGAAAGAAUAUUGAUUCUGUCUCGAGGAUCUGUGGAAGCUACAAAGAUUAAAAUAGACAAAAUGUUCACAUCAAGAGCCAUGAUGCCGGAAUUAUGUAUGAACCGAAGUGUGGAGGAAUUUGAACCGCUUUGGGAUUAUGGACUGUACGUGCCACUUCCAAAGCUGUACAAGAUGGACCAAUCCAGGGUGAUGGUGACACAGUUUCUUUCGGAGAAAUUAGAACAAUUUAGCUUGUUGUCAUACUUUCGGUAUGCUUUUAUGAUUGGAGAGUACAGGCUGCACUACGAUUAUUGUUUAUCAGAAAGAUAUAUCAUCGAUCUAUCGAAUAUUCACAUUGGGCUGCUUACAAAAGUAAACCCUAUUCUGGUGAAAAAAGCAGAAGUGUUGUGUACGGAAGGUUUCGGUACAAAAAUAAAAGGCAUUCACUUACUGAACGCGCCAUCCUUCGUGGACAGGAUUGUUUUUCUCAUAAAGCAAGGUCUUAAGGAAAAGGUAGCGAGUCGGCUACACGUGCAUAAUUCAUACGCCGACCUACAUAAGCAUAUACCGAAAGAAAUACUGCCAAAGGACUACGAGGGCGACGGCCCGAGUAUAUCUAAAUUAGCAGAACAAUGGAAAGAAAUGCUAAGAACGGAAGAAGCGAGGCAGAUAAUAAAAGACAGCGACAAAUUGGUAGCUGACGAGUCACGACGCAACACGUCAAAGUUCAACGAAGAGUAUUUAGGAAUGCCAGGAUCGUUUAGGAAAUUGAAUGUAGAUUAAUCUAGGAUUAAACACGUAUUAUUUAUGGUGGUGUUAAUGUAAAUAAAUUUAUUGUAAGUUAAAA